CAUGGCUGGGGGCCUUUCCUGGGACCUCGGUGUCUGCACGGGUUAAGGCGUGCGGGGCGAGGUGGAAAAGUUGCUGUUGAAUUUCACUUUAAGGGACUGGACAGAAAGCAGCGAAAUGGAUGAUUUCCACUCCAUCUGCCUGCUGUCUCUGGCCAUGCUGGUUGCCUGUUAUGUGGCAGGGAUUAUCCCUCUGGCAGUUAAUUUUUCAGAGGAAAGGUUAAAGUUGGUGACUGUUUUGGGUGCUGGGCUGCUGUGUGGAACUGCCUUGGCUGUCAUUGUGCCGGAAGGAGUACAUGCACUUUACGAAGACAUUUUGGAGGGGAAACAUCACCCGGCGAGUGAGGUGCAGCGUGUGAUGGAGUCUGAGAAGGUAGCAGAAAUCCCGGUUGUGCAUGAGUAUGGCCAUGACCAUUCCAGAUUGCAUGCCUACAUUGGUGUUUCCCUUGUCCUCGGCUUUGUCUUCAUGCUGUUGGUGGACCAGAUAGGCAGCUCUCAUGUGCACUCUACAGAUGAUCCAGAAGCUGCAAGAUCGGGCAAUUCUAAAAUCACCACAACUUUGGGAUUAGUCGUCCAUGCUGCAGCUGAUGGUGUUGCAUUGGGUGCAGCAGCUUCUACUUCCCAGACUAGUGUGCAGUUAAUAGUGUUUGUUGCGAUUAUGUUGCACAAGGCACCAGCUGCCUUUGGCCUUGUUUCCUUCCUGAUGCAUGCUGGGCUGGAACGGAAUCGAAUCAGAAAGCACUUGCUGGUCUUUGCGUUGGCAGCACCUGUUAUGUCCAUGGUGACAUACUUAGGGCUAAGCAAGAGCAGCAAAGAAGCCCUUUCAGAAGUCAAUGCCACCGGAGUUGCUAUGCUUUUUUCUGCUGGAACUUUUCUCUAUGUUGCAACAGUUCAUGUCCUCCCAGAAGUGGGAGGAAUUGCUCACAGCCACAAACCUGAAUCAACUGGAGGAAAAGGACUCAGCCGUCUGGAGGUGGCAGCCCUAGUCUUAGGAUGCCUAAUUCCUCUAGUUUUGUCCAUUGGACACCAUCACUAAAAGCUCAAAGUUCACAGUUCUCCUCGAUCUGACCUGAGCAGUAACUGUUGGCUGCUCCCUUUAUCAUUGUCUGUCUUACCAUCUUCCAUCCCAUGUACUUUUAUGGAGUUCAGAGGGAAGCUUGAUUGCCAAGUGAGGAAUACUGGGAAAGAUUUUAGUGUAGCAAAAUGUACUUUGGCAGCCGGACAUUAAUUCUAUGUAACUUUCUUUUUUGAAGACCUUUGCUAUUUUAAUUGUUACUUCUGGCCCUAUUCUCAGGGAAGAUGGAAUAUGGAGUUUAAGAAAGGUGAGUGGGGAAGAACUUAGCGGCUCGUCAUGAAAUUGCGAUCACCAAAGUUUCCUGCAGUUCAGCUUUCACAGCUGAGAACAAAAACGAAGGAUGGCUGCCUUUUAGGAGGUUAAAGUCUUCUUACUAGUAAAGUAGGGGGCUCUCCCCCAUUGCUUUUAUGUUGUCCUGACAAUGUGAUUGUUGUUUGUAAUGUUUGUCACAAACGGUGUUGUAGAGGUGGCCUGCACUCUGGACAAUGCUGCUGUUGUGACAGAAAUAUCUAUCAUUGGUAGGAAAAAAUGCUCUGGACAAUGUGUAGGAUUAAUAUAGCAAAUGAUAAUUCAGCUGGUUAAGGAAGGGCAAAUGAUUUCUGCAGUGUAUUCCAUUAUUUAAGACAAAGGAGAGAAGUGAGGAGAAUAUUGUUGUGAUUGUUUAUACAAUUGUUAAUAACUUUAAAAAAGGCAGAAUGUCUUGGAAGAUGAUCUUCCACAAAGUCAAUAAAGUGUAGGCACCAGAAAUGUUAGCAGGAAUUAGAUAUUUGGUACUGUGAUUACACUACUGCUACCCUUGAGAAAGAAAUCCACAGUGUCUUUUGAAAUCAAGCUGUUCUGUGCUGUGAGGAGUAGAAAUCGGAUGUAAACAGCUGUUGAGGGACCAGACAAUUUUACUAGCUCAUCUUUAAAAAUUUGAACUACAGAAAUCAGUGGGGUAUGUGGGAUUUUUCAUUAAAUAAAAAGUAUUAAGGCUAACAAAACAAGAUCUUUGGUUAAAUAUUUAUGCUGCAGAAAGAGUACAAUGUGCAUCUAAAGCAGUUCUAAACAAAACAAAUACUGUUGGGUUUCUAGGAGACCCCUUAGUCAUUUCAGUUUUCCUUUGGGAAUCCUACAUUCACCUCUAACUGAUGAUCAUUAGUUUUGGCGAAUCUGCCGGAGGACUUACUGCCAACUGCUGAUGCCUCUCACUGUAGAUGGGUGACAAAACAUCCCUUCCUUUCCGAGGUACAGCCUUCUCUUGUCAGGCACCCUUUUCUCUCAUGCAAAAUAUAUUAUGCUCUAAUAACUUCAGUGCAUUAAAAAGUCAGGAAUGCUUGACGUGCACACACUCAACACACGAUUCUUUCUUUAAGGGAAAAAAAAAAGCUUUUUAAUUCUGUGCCCGUUUUAAGCUAUACUCUGUCUGCACUUUUUAAGGAUAAUGUUGCCAAAUAUAUAUCUGUUCUUAAUUUUUGUUGUUGUUUGAAAUGGAGCUUCAAAGCUUGACUAGUUGGUUUCCCGAAGUGCUUAUUGUUUCCAUUUGAAUUUGUCUUUUUUUUUUUUUUCGUGCCAUUUAUUGCUUGUGCUACACAGGCCAUUGUGCCUCUUAACUUCUUUAUGUUUUUGUCGCUGUUCUGUUUGUCUGCUAGUUCAGCAAUAGGUAUUGGCCUGGCUCCUGGACUAGUCACUGCUCUGUCUGUUUGCUUUGUAACAACACAGAUGUAUCCCAAGAUUGAAUUUAGUAGUAAUCCCUAGGAUUGCUUGUUCAUUUGUGUGUUUUACUACAUAAUGGGUGAAUUUUAAAAUCAAUGCAAAAUGAUUAGAACUUAUAUUCUCUCGCAAGAUAUUAUUUUCAAAUAGAAUUAGUGUAUGAGCUCCAAACAAGCAUUUUGGACACUAGCCUUCCAAAAGUAAUUCUGUUAUGAAAAGCUGCUGCAUAAAUAAUGACAGAGAUGAGAUCCUCUCCUGCACGUUAUAUUUGCUUUUACGAUAUACCUAUACAGCUGGUAAGUGACCUGUUAAAAAGUUGAGUGAUACAGGUUCCAGAGCUGUCAGUGUUCUUCCUCGUUCCCCCUGAUUAUGUUCUUCCUUCCUAAUCUCACCGUCUUGCCCACAGGAAUUGCAAGGUCUGCUGUAGAAGCAGUAAGUAUCUUAGUGCAGCAGCAAAGGCUUACAUCUUGUGGAACAGUUUUUAAAGACAAGUGGGUUAUCUGCUCGACUGUACAAGUCAAGUAAUUUUUCUUUUUCUCCUACUAUGCCUGAAAUGGUUUACACUGCAGGAUGAGUUCAGUUUCUUGAAAACCAAGCCAAAGAGUAACUGUGCUUACCUAAAAAGGUUUGCAAGUCUGAAGAAGGUACUUGAGUGUUGCUGAGCACCAUCUGAACAUGAUGAGUGAUGCGGACUUGCACCAGCCGGCGGUAUAGAAGCUGGUUUAAUUUUUGGUUUUCUAGAGGAACCUGGGGUUUCUGUCAUAACUACUAGUCCAGUAGCCUUUAGGUAAAGCACGCUUGAUCUGGAGUCUCAGCUAGAUGAUGACAAGUGCCAGUAAGGAAAGACUAUGCUCAGUUCCUCUUUUCUUUUUUUUUUUUUCUUAAGCAGAGCCAUAUUUUAAACUGUCAUCCAUCCUUUGCACAUGCACCCCUCCCCCCCAUCCAAAACACUCCCCUGGUUAAGUUAGCAUCGGGACUCCAUCCUCAUUUUAUCUUAAACAAUUGUAAGGGCUAGGGAGGUAUGGAGAUAAGGUCCCAUUGAAUGUGUUUUGCUCCUGCGUUGGUGUAUCUGAAUUGUACCUUUUUCUGUGGAUGUGUGUGUAUUGACUGAGGAUGCAACAGCCAAGCUAUUCGCUGCUGACUUUACCUCCGGCAUGUUAACAAGUUCCCUUGCUGAGAGGUCAUCUUUCUUUCCUCCUAUCCCUCAGAUCAUAUUUCCAGUUUCUGGGACAGCCACCAGAAAUACUAAUACUCAAUUUAAUGAUUCAUGAGCUUGAGAGGCCAAGUUACAACAGCAGGCAAAGGAUUUUAAAUGAAAACAUUGACAGCUUAAGGUUGGCACAAAGAAGUCCAAUAACCUGUAGUUUUCAUUGUGGCACUCAGCUCAGUGGUAGACUUCUGUGGAUUUUUUUUUUUUCCUGUCUGUUUAGAGGUAGCAACAGUAUUUUCUUCUGGCUUCCUCUGUUAUCUGUGUUGAAUGAAUGAUUAUUUUAUAUUCUUUAGCUGCAACGGCAGUGACUAAGGAAGCUUUUGGUUAUGUGAUAAGAGAAUACAAAAUUUUCAGUGACCAAACCUUUCCAAAUUGUUAGUUCCAUGUGGAGGAUUUUUUUCUUCAAGCAUGUGGUUUUAAGGAGUUAAAAUAUCCCGUUUUAUCAUAUUCCCUUUUUAUCUACUCCCCAUCUGUCCACAGUAAAUCCAAGCACUACAUGUAGUCAGGGCCAUCUGGUGUCAUUUUCUACUCCCCAGGGGACGGUGGUGCAAACCAAUUCCUCUUUCUCUGUCUGUUUGUAAUAGCCAUCUCUGCCUGUGUUUUUUUUCCUGUGAGGUAGGUGGCAGUAGGUCUAGCAGGUAACAUUAACUAAGUGCCAGGCAGUUUUUUCUCCCUUUCUUCUGUAAAUCCCCCUACUAGGAAAUCUGUAAUCGCCUCAGCUGGUUUUUCAUUUCCUAAUUUCUUAAUUGGCAGUAGGAAUUGGCCUAAAACUGUGUUUCUCUUGAUUCCGGUGUGUUCUGCUACUUUACUUACUAUUCUAAUUUCCUUAUUAUUCUUUGUGUAAAAAAGGGAAAUAUUUCUUUUUCAGCACCUGGUGACAGAUACUGAAGCUGAACUGGCAUUAACUUGUGGGACGAUGGCAGAGCUGUUGCACCAAGAUAGGAAUUUUUGAUAAUUGUUCCUUGUAAUGUCAGAUGGCCGGGUGGUGAACGCAGAAACCCACUGUUGACUUCUGAAUUUCAAAGAACCGUUCCUAGGUGGAUUGUGUAAAAGGGUAACGUUAUCCAAGAGAGCCAGGAAAACGAUCAUGUUUAUUCAGAAACUAGUUCACAGCCUGGUGUUUGUCUUCAAGGAGCUUUUGGCAGUAGCUGAAAUGUCUGUGGGGCAUCAGUUUUGUUCAAAAUAACAAGGAGGUGCUGUGGCAUAAGUGCUGCUGUUCCCUUCUCGUUCUGUGCUGCUUUGCUGCAUGGGACCUGUGAAGAAGAGGAGGAAAUAUAUUCUGGGGCAGGUGGCGCGGUUGUGGUAUUUGGGAAAGUUCAUGAUGAAUUUCAGAUUGCUGUUCGCCUCAAACUUAUUUAAAAACAAAAAAGUUUUCUUGUUUUCUUUUUAUUACAUCUCAGCAGCCUUGGCUUUCCGGUGAAAACAUUACAUGGUCAUUGCUGUUUACUUAACUCCAUGUAUGGAACUGUAAUUUUAAUAUCUUAUUUUCCAAACCAUUUGUACACAAAAUCAUUCCAUGAAUGGCUGCCUUAUAAUUUUUCCAUUUCAAUUGUGAAUGGUUAAAAUAAUGUUGCAGUUUUUGAUUUGUUUUAUUAUAUUAAAUUUUUACUAGGUGCAGUGC